GAGUUAAUGGAGAGGGUUACAACUGCGCACAAGCACAGAUUUGAUCAGUGAGUCAAACUUGCUGGUGCUGGUCAGUGUGCAGCCAGGCCAUCCGAUGCAAAUAAGUCCUGCGCGCGUACAAACCUCCACUACUUGUUGAGCCGGACUCAGAGGAAGAAGUUCAGGAACUGUGCGGGGGACUGGAUUCCAUUUUGGACGUAUUUAUGUGACAACACAUUUGUUGCAUUUGUAAUGCGGGGUGAUCGGAAGCGAGCGCGGAACCUGUGGAUUUAACAUAAAACGGAUUUGGGACAGACUAUUUCUUAUCUUGUGACUCGUACCGUUUUACGGCGUGCAUGAACAUUUGGUAAAGAAAAAAGCAAAGCAAUGGAAGUAAGUGCGGAUCAGCCACGAUGGAUGAGCCAUCAUCACACGGUGCUGAACGAGCAGCAUCCCGGCUCACAUCACCCGGGCCUCGGCCACUCAUACAUGGACCCUUCGCAGUAUCCCCUCGCUGACGAUGUGGAUGUACUCUUUAAUAUCGAUGGACAGGGGAACCACGUCUCCCCGUACUAUGGAAACUCUGUCCGAGCCGUCCCGAGGUACCCUCCUCCUCCGCACAGUAGCCAGGUGUGCCGUCCCUCAUUACUGCACGGCUCUCUGCCCUGGCUGGAGGGGAGCAAAGGCAUCGCGCCUCACCACAGCACUUCCCCCUGGAACCUGAGCCCCUUCCCCAAGAACCCCCUGCACCACGGCUCCCCGGCCAGCCUGUCCGUCUACCCCCCGGCCUCCUCCUCCUCCUCCUUGUCUACUGGUCACUCCAGUCCGCACCUCUUCACGUUUCCUCCGACCCCUCCAAAAGACGUGUCCCCGGACCCGGGCAUAUCCACCCCGGGCUCCAGCAGCUCCGGGCGGCAGGAGGAUAAAGAGUGCAUAAAGUACCAGGUGACCCUGGCCGAGAGUAUGAAACUGGAGUCAGCUCACAGCCGGAGUGUGGCAUCAAUCGGCGCAGGGUCAUCCUCUGCCCACCACCCCAUCGCCACAUACCCACCCUAUGUCCCCGAAUACGGCCCAGGCCUCUUCCCACCAAGUAGCCUGAUAGGUGGGUCAUCUUCUAGUUAUGGUUCCAAAACAAGACCAAAAACAAGGUCCUGUUCAGAAGGUAGAGAGUGUGUGAACUGCGGGGCCACGUCGACUCCUCUGUGGAGGCGGGACGGUACGGGCCACUAUCUGUGUAACGCUUGCGGACUCUAUCACAAGAUGAACGGGCAGAAUCGCCCUCUCAUCAAACCCAAGCGGCGGCUGUCCGCAGCCAGACGCGCAGGCACGUCAUGUGCGAACUGUCAAACCACGACGACGACGCUGUGGCGGAGAAACGCCAACGGGGACCCGGUGUGCAACGCCUGCGGCCUGUACUUUAAACUGCACAAUAUCAACCGACCUCUGACCAUGAAGAAGGAAGGCAUCCAGACCAGGAACAGGAAGAUGUCCAGCAAGUCCAAGAAGAGCAAAAAGUCCCAAGACAACAUGGAGGACUUCUCCAAGAGCCUGAUGGACAAGAGCAGUUCCUUCAGCCCGGCCGCCCUGUCCCGCCACAUGUCAUCCUUCCCUCCGUUCUCACACUCCAGCCACAUGCUGACCACCCCCACACCAAUGCAUCCCUCCUCGAGCCUCCCAUUCGCCCCACACCAUCCCUCCAGUAUGGUCACAGCCAUGGGUUAGAGCUCCCUGCGCUGCACCACCCCUAAACCUGGGCCUCGCCACCACCCUUCGGUACCUCUGCUGACCUGCUCUCAUAACCUAAAAGACAAAUAAACUGCUCCUCAGCCCGCACUAAGCUCCUCUGUCUCAUCACCAAGCCGCAGUGCAGGAACGGCAGGUGUCAUCAGUUGUAUCUUAUUUUUUAUAAAAUCUAAGUGCACCUCUGUGAUGUGAAUGCUUUGCAGACAUGACUGUGGCACACUGACCUCCAGGGGGGAAGAUUUUUUUUCCCUCUGAGCAGGGAGAGAGAACAUUUUCCCCCCCAGCUGAUCCACAUGAUAAGGAGCUCCAUUUGUGUACAAAGAGCCAUUUUCCCACACACAAACAUCACAAAAACAGACCUAAAAGCGGUAUCAAUGCCAUCUCCCUUAAUUUCCCAGCCUGCCUCUCUUUACCUUGCGCCUGUGUAACAGGAACCCCCUGCACGCCUUCUUCUUCUUCUUGCUGAAGAUGAGGAGAGAUUGACGUUGAAUAUAUUUGUACAAAUUGUAUGAAAUACAGUACAUUUAAUGAAGACUUUUUAAUUAAAUAAGAAAAAAGGAAACAUGCCCUUGGGCAGCUACCGACGAGAAGGGUACGAGUCGCGGCAGGUGGAGAGACUUAUUGCCAGAGGAGUGAGAAGAGGACGCCUCCCAGAGGAAAGAAAGAAAGGAAGGGAGGAGGAGUUGAGAAGACAAGAGAGACUUUGGAGAAAGGGCAGGCCUCGGAUCUCGCCUGCGUGAAUUGUGUUGCAUUAAGUUUGCAGAGAGUCAGCGGCUCCGGCCGCAGGCGCCUCUCUCCUUUUUUAUUUUGGAUGUGCUAUAGGUCUCGGGCAAUUGGUUUGUGUUGAUGCGCACACGUAUACAGACACACACACACACACACACACACACACACACACACACACACAUGCACACACUUGAUCACCUGAAAGCAUUUGUUCCUGCCCACAGAUUAUAUGCAUUGUGAAAAAAGUUCCUGUAUUUGUUAUUUGUAUGUAUAAAUCAGAGUACCAAAAAUACGAAAGAAACAAAGAUGUAGAAUUAUUUCUUUAUGUUAUGCAGACUGAAUGGUUGUAAAAAUUUAAUAAUAAUCACUAGUGUAAAAUAUGACUGCUUUUUUGUUUCGUAAUUUUUUUCCUCUUUGAAAAUAAUA